UUUAUAUCUAAUUAGUUUACUAAUUGGAGAUGUAAAAUAUGAUCUUAAACAUGUGUUUACUUAUGGAUAAAUUGAUUAUUGUCCAUAAAAUAUGGAAAAGACAUAUAUUAACUUUAAAUAAAAAGUAUUUUUAUGCAAAUAUUGCGAUUAAUAGCAAACAAUAUAAACUUAGCAACUAGAAAAUGGUUAGGAGCUUAGCCUAUGUCAAUCAUGUAAUAGUUAAUACUUUUCUAAUUGUUUUGCUUAUUAUUCUGAAUUAAGGGAAGGUUAUUGGAGAAAGUCAUACUCUCUUAAUAAAAAUGAAAUUGUCCCUUGUACGAUAUAACCAUAAAAUUGCAUUGGAGGUUAUGAGUUAGAGAAUAAUUUAUGUUACUAAGGUCACAUAGGACCUUAAUGCUUAAACUGUGAUAUAAAAGGAUAAUAUUGGGGUAGCUAGUAUUCUUCAUAUGGUAACUUUUCCUGUACCAAAUGUAGUGAUAUCAAAAAAAACACUUUAAAAAUUUUUAUUAUAAUUGUAUUAAUUCUAAUGAGCAUAGGAAUUAUCAUAAUUAGUACUUUUAAAAGCUUAUAAAACUAGAUUUUAGCACUAUAUCUUUCAAAAAUGAACCUAUUUUACAUUGAAAAAAGUCUUCUUCUAUAAAAUUUAGCAUCUAUUUAUGUCAAGCUACUACUGUUUAAUUUUUCAAUCUAUCAAACUUCUAAUGGAUUUACUAAUAUUGAUAUUUUUAAUUCUAUCAAGGAUGCUUCAAUAUCAUUAGUUGAUCCUCUAAACUCAUAGAUAAUUUCUAUAGAUUGCUUGCUUAUCCAAAUUAACCCUAAUUUAUAAAGCAUUGGAUUUGCUAAUGUUAUUCUUUACUCAAUACUACCCUGUUUCUUAUUUUUAUUUGCUAUUCUUGUUAUAUUAAUAAUUAUGCUAGUAAAGAAGUAGAACAAUAAAAAAAGAUAGCUUUAUAGAAUGCUGAUUUCCUUUUAGUACAUUUUUAUAAUAAUAUUUAAUCCUAUUUUCAUAUAUAUAAGCUUAGAAAGCUUUUUUUGUCUGAACUUGUACCAAGAUAAGUACUACUCUUUGAUAGAUCUUAGCCUUGAGUGUUCUUAAAGUGAUUAUUUGAGUAGAAUUAGGUCAAUUACUAUUCCUAUUUUUGUUAUAUUCGUUAACAUCAUCCCAAUAGUUAUGUUUUCUAUAAUAUUCUUUAAUAGGCAAAAAUUAAAUAAAAUAAAAAUAACUCUGUCGUUUGGAUUUUUUUAUAAAGAAUACAAAAAGCAACAUUACUACUGGGAAUUUGUGAGGUUAAUUAUGAAAUUAAUUCUAGUAUCAAUUAGUAUUGGUUUUAAAUAGUAUGCUUUUAUUUCAGGAAUAAUAUAAACACUAUUUCUGUUUAUAUAUUAUUCUG